AUGAACAACUUUGAGGAGUAUAAAGCAAAGUCGCGGGAGUCAUUAGAAACGGGAGACUUCUCGUGGCUUAAAUACCUUCCUCGUGAUCCUAGAUUCCCAAAUACGAACCAGACACCUACUUGUAGACAAAACUACGUGGACUUUCACCGAUGUAAAAAGGUGUAUGGGGAAGACUACAAGCCUUGCAACUAUUUUCUACACGCAGCUAAAUUAGCAUGUCCGUCAACAUGGAAAAAUGGGACAGAGAAGUCGAAAACAACAUGCUGCCAUAUAAAAUCUAAUUUAACCUUAUUAUUUACCUUGUUUUACCUAAACGUCUCUGUAAAGAAACAGAUAUUUCAGGAAGUCUGUUCUCUUAACGUCGAAAAGUAUUGUUGGAAUUGCUUAGCUAAUAUAGUUUUAAAAAAUAAUGAUGGUCUAUUUAAUUUGUAAAACAAGAAAAGUUCCUCGAGAUUAUAGGAUGUAGGUACAUUUGCGGUCGGAGUCUGUGUGUCUAUCGCUGAAGAUUUCAGCACGGUUCGUCCAACGGUUGUCACGUUUGUGCAGAUUGAUGAUAGAACGUGUUAUUGCAUUAUAGUUGCAUAGAAUUUCUAUGUUUGCCUGUGCAGUAAGGUGUCAUUGACUGUAUGAAGCACGUAAAAUAGUAUUUUCAAAGCUGUUGUUUUGUCGACGUAGGUACAGUUUGGUUUAUGACAAGUAUGAUCCAGUAUUAAUUCUCCGGAUAAUGUUAUCUUUCAUUCUUUGGAAAUAAUGUGGUUACGAUUUGUCUUGUUUAUAAAGGUUAUUUGUUAUGUAUAUCUAAGGUUUGUGAGAUAUUUACACAAGUAAUUAUACUUGGUGAAUGUGGGUGUCCUCAAAACCAAGUGUGAUCAUUUUAGUCCAGUUAUCAUCAUCUUAAGUGAUUCAAAGUUUCAUUUAAGCAUAGUGUUCGCAUUUUUAGGAGAAUAUAGGGAAGAACUGUUAUUCUCGUAAUGUAUUUUGCUCUAUCUCACUCAUCCGUAUGAGAAUCUGAGGAGAGGUUUGGAAUGGUAGCCAACACUCAUUCGGUUUUACUAUCAACUGACGGAAGUUUACCUUCAACGUUUCAGAAAUUAGUCAACGGAAAGCCUCAAU